CUCGGCACAAUAUUCAAAACUUCACACUCUCCAUAUUCCCAUCCACAUUCAUUUCACCAUCUUCUUCAGAUUAUCUUCCACCUGCCAGCAUGGGAGAUCUUGAGGACUUUGAUCACGCUUUCAUCCAAGCCCCCGAGCACCGCCCCAAACUCGCACUCUCCGAUGCUGAUGGAAUCCCCACCAUCGACCUCUCUCCAAUCUUUAACUCAGUACCCGGCACUGAUUUCCCCCACCAUUUGGUCCAGCAAAUCGCCUCUGCUUGCACGGAGUGGGGAUUCUUUCUGGUCGUCAACCACGGUGUCCCUCCCGAGAAGCGGCGUCGAAUAGAAGCCGCUGCCCGGGAGUUUUUUGGACAGAGUUUGGAGGAGAAGAGGAAAGUGAGGAGAAAUGAAUGGGUGGUGACCGGCUAUUUUGAUACGGAGCUGACCAAGAAUGUCAGAGAUUGGAAGGAGGUCUUUGAUUUCGUGGUGGAGGAUCCGACCGUCAUUCCCGCAUCGUCGGAUCCUGAUGACACUGAGUUGACUCAGUUGGUCAAUCAGUGGCCGGAAUACCCACCGGAAUUCGGAUUGAGCAGAGAGAUUUGCGAAGGAUAUGUUGAAGAAUUGGAGAAACUUGGGCACAAAUUGAUGGAACUAAUCGCCAAUAGCUUGGGAUUACCGGGUAAAAGGUUUAGAGAUUAUUUUAAAGGGCAAACAAGUUCUGUGAGACUCAAUCACUAUCCAUUGUGCCCAUCACCGGAGCUAGCUCUCGGAGUUGGUCGCCACAAGGACCCCGGUGUCUUGACGGUGCUCGCCCAAGACGACAUUGGAGGACUGGAAGUGAGAAGGAAGAGAGAUGGAGCGUGGAUUCAAGUCAAACCCGUACCUGAUUCUUUUGUGGUCAAUGUUGGAGAUAUUACUCAGGUUUGGAGCAAUGAGAAGUAUGAGAGUGUGGAGCAUAGGGCUACGGUAAACAGCAAGAGGGAUAGAUAUUCCAUUGCUUUCUUCUUUUACCCAUCUCAUUCCACCAUCGUUGAGCCUUUGGAAGAGCUUAUUGGUCCCCAAAACCCUCCCAAAUACAAACCAUACUCUUUUGGGAAGUUCCUCGCCAGUAGAAAACGCAGCAAUUUCAAGAAACUUAAUGUCGACAACAUUCAAAUCUCUGAUUUCAAGAUCACCACAUAACCCAAAAGUAGCUCAAUUAAUAUGUCCUUUUCCUUCAUGCUACUAUGUUACAGUCGUUGUUUGGUAUAAGCUUGGUCAUUUAAAAUAUGUAUAAUUUCUUGAAUAAUGACACCAGAAGUAAUAAAAACGUCAAGGUCGGCAUUUGUAUAAUUUAUAUGCCAAGUUAUUUGAGGCUUAGAUUGAGAUUAUAUUAUUAUCAUUAUUAUUAUUUGUAUAUAAUGUUUUUUAAGUACAA